AUGUCCUUACGCACAUGGUCCAUCGCUGCCCGAUUCGUCAUACCCGCUGCACAUCACGGUAGCGAGGCGACGAUCGAGAUGUUUGCUUGGCGGCCUGCUCUUGAUUGGAGGUGGGAGCCUCAGCUUCUUCUUCGGCGCCGAACACGUGUGUCUCCGCUACGAUGGAGGAGUGCCGCCAUCAUCUCAGGGUCAAUGCCGCCUAGUUCCCUGUUUUUUUACAGGUGCUCGUCCUCUUGUCCAACUUGCGCCGAAAAGCCCUCUUCUGCCAUGGACGAGGACGCACCGCUGCGGGUCCUCCAUGCCUAUGUAGGUCAGCACGGCCACAAGGACAGCAUUGUCAAUGAAGCCACAAUCUCACCUUCACCGCCUGCUCUUUUGCACCGUGCAUCGCUGGCACCGAUACAGAGUACAAUACUAACGAUGGUGACCGGCAGCGGAUAUCAAGACAAACCGGCCUUCCGAGCCUUGCUGUGCCCCCAUGUACAACCAAUAUCCCGUACUGUAGUACUGUAUCACGACUUGCUGCGUGCAUGUAUGUAUGGCUUGCCAACUCGGCGCCCAGGCGAUAUCCUGAUGCAGCGACGGAGUACAGCUACAGCUACAUGUACCCAAGGUGCCAAGCUGGAAGUCGAUGGCGAGUGUUUGGCUCUUAUACAGCCGUGUAUCAACAACUCGUCUCAGCAAGUCGACUGCUCCCUAGAUUUAGCUAAUGGCAUGCUAGAUCCUAUGUUAUCUCAAUAUGGCAGCGAGACGGCGCAUAUACGCUUUGACAAUGAUGCCACAAUACGGUAUAAAUGGCACUCUUGUAUCGUAAUGCAGUAUGAUGAGAUCGGUGGCUUUCACUCAAAUACCAAGCUCUCAAGAGUUCAAUCGUCGUAG